ACUAGAGCGGCGGCGGCUGGGGCUGCGGCGAGCGUGGAGGGUUAGCGGCUGGUGCGCCUCCUGGUCGGGCUCCGCGGGCCGGGGCGGGAGGACCAGCACCUGAGGCCGGGCCCGCCGCCCGCGACUUCACAACCAGGCGGCGGCGCUGCUGCUGCGGGGCUCCGGCGCGCGACCCGGCGGGACAGCGGGGCGGCUGGCGCCGGGGGCCGGGGAACGCCAGAUGAUGGAUUUGGACGUGCUUCCAUGAAGAAAUGCCACAUGGUCCGAGAGCAAACAUGUCCAGGCUACUGCCACUUUAGCGGACUAGGGCUCGGUGCCAAGGCUUCCCGGGUAAUCAGGCGUGGUCUGAUCCAGGAUCAAUGACAUCAUGACAGCAAGAGAGCACAGCCCUCGCCAUGGCGCCAGGGCCCGUGCGGUGCAGCGGGCUUCCACCAUCGACGUGGCGGCCGACAUGCUGGGCCUCUCUCUGGCAGGAAAUAUACAGGACCCAGAUGAGCCCAUUUUAGAAUUUAGCUUAGCUUGCAGUGAGCUGCAUACUCCAUCGCUAGAUCGAAAGCCAAAUAGUUUUGUUGCGGUGAGUGUCACCACCCCUCCUCAGGCAUUCUGGACGAAGCAUGCACAGACGGAGAUCAUUGAGGGAACCAACAAUCCUAUAUUUCUAAGCAGUAUUGCCUUCUUUCAAGACUCUCUUAUCAAUCAGAUGACACAAGUCAAACUCUCCGUGUAUGAUGUCAAAGAUAGAUCUCAGGGAACAAUGUAUUUACUGGGCUCUGGAACGUUCAUUGUCAAAGAUCUGCUGCAGGACAGGCAUCAUAGGUUGCAUUUAACACUAAGGUCUGCAGAGAGUGACUGUGUGGGUAACAUCACCGUGAUUGGCUGGCAGAUGGAGGAGAAGUCAGACCAACGGCCCCCUGUGACCCGGUCUGUGGACACUGUCAAUGGGAGGAUGGUUCUUCCCGUCGAUGAGAGCUUGACGGAGGCAUUAGGAAUCCGAUCUAAAUAUGCUUCGUUGCGAAAGGACACUUUGCUGAAAUCGGUGUUUGGCGGCGCCAUCUGCCGCAUGUACCGGUUUCCAACCACCGACGGUAACCACCUGCGGAUCCUGGAGCAGAUGGCAGAGAGCGUGCUCUCCCUGCACGUGCCCCGGCAGUUCGUGAAGCUCCUACUAGAGGAAGAUGCAGCCAGAGUGUGUGAGCUGGAGGAGCUGGGAGAGCUGUCCCCUUGCUGGGAGAGCCUCCGGCGUCAAAUUGUCACCCAGUACCAGACCAUCAUCCUCACAUACCAGGAGAACCUGACCGACCUCCAUCAGUACAAAGGGCCCUCGUUUAAAGCAAGCAGUUUGAAAGCAGAUAAAAAGUUAGAAUUUGUUCCCACAAACUUGCACAUACAAAGGAUGAGAGUUCAAGACGAUGGAGGAUCAGAUCAGAACUACGAUAUCGUCACCAUCGGGGCGCCAGCAGCACACUGCCAAGGUUUUAAGUCAGGAGGUCUCCGCAAAAAGCUGCACAAAUUUGAAGAGACCAAGAAACACAGUUUUGAGGAGUGUUGUACAUCAUCUGGCUGCCAGUCCAUAAUCUACAUACCGCAGGACGUUGUCAGAGCCAAGGAGAUCAUCGCCCAGAUCAACACCCUGAAAACCCAAGUCAGCUACUAUGCAGAGCGGCUGUCAAGGGCAGCCAAGGACAGGUCUGCCACUGGCCUUGAGAGGACACUCGCCAUCUUGGCAGACAAGACACGGCAGCUGGUCACGGUCUGCGACUGCAAGCUCCUGGCCAACUCCAUCCAUGGGCUGAACGCCGCGCGGCCUGACUACAUUGCCUCCAAGGCUUCUCCCACUUCGACUGAGGAGGAGCAGGUGAUGCUUAGAAAUGACCAGGACACCCUCAUGGCCCGGUGGACAGGGAGAAACAGCCGAUCUUCCCUGCAGGUGGACUGGCACGAGGAGGAGUGGGAGAAAGUGUGGCUGAACGUGGACAAGAGCCUAGAAUGCAUCAUUCAGCGUGUGGACAAGCUGCUGCAGAGGGAGCGGCUGCACGGCGAGGGCUGUGAGGACGUCUUCCCCUGUGCAGGCAGCUGCACCAGCAAGAAAGGUAACCCGGACAGCCACGCCUACUGGAUCAGACCAGAAGACCCCUUCUGUGAUGUCCCCUCCUCACCAUGCCCCUCCACCAUGCCCUCCGCUGCAUGCCAUCCUCAUCUGACCACACAUUGCAGCCCCCCUCCUGAAGAGUCCAGCCCAGGUGAAUGGAGUGAGGCCCUUUACCCGCUGCUGACCACUCUCACCGACUGCGUGGCCAUGAUGAGUGACAAGGCCAAGAAGGCCAUGGUAUUCCUGCUCAUGCAGGACAGCGCGCCCACCAUAGCCACCUACCUGAGCCUGCAGUACCGCCGUGACGUGGUCUUCUGCCAGACGCUGACUGCCCUCAUCUGCGGCUUCAUCAUUAAGCUGAGGAACUGCCUGCAUGACGACGGCUUCCUGCGCCAGCUCUACACCAUCGGGCUGCUGGCCCAGUUCGAGAGCCUGCUGAGCACCUACGGGGAGGAGCUGGCAAUGCUGGAGGACAUGAGCCUUGGGAUCAUGGACUUGAGGAACGUGACCUUCAAAGUCACUCAGGCCACUUCCAGCGCCUCCGCAGACAUGCUGCCCGUCAUCACAGGAAAUCGCGACGGGUUUAACGUGCGGGUCCCUCUGCCGGGUCCACUGUUUGACGCCCUGCCCCGGGAGAUCCAGAGCGGCAUGCUGCUGCGAGUGCAACCCGUCCUCUUCAAUGUGGGCAUCAAUGAGCAACAGACACUGGCCGAGAGGUUUGGUGAUACGUCUUUACAAGAAGUCAUCAACGUGGAGAGUUUGGUGCGGUUAAAUUCCUACUUUGAGCAGUUUAAGGAAGUUUUGCCUGAGGAUUGCCUGCCUCGGUCUCGCAGUCAGACGUGCCUGCCAGAGCUGCUGCGGUUCCUGGGUCAGAAUGUGCACGCCCGGAAGAAUAAGAACGUGGACAUUCUCUGGCAAGCCGCUGAGAUCUGCCGUCGCCUCAAUGGGGUCCGGUUCACCAGCUGCAAGAGCGCGAAGGACCGUACAGCCAUGUCGGUGACGCUGGAGCAGUGCCUGAUCCUGCAGCACGAGCAUGGCAUGGCCCCGCAGGUCUUCACCCAGGCCCUGGAGUGCAUGCGCAGCAUUGGAACACGGGAGGUAGUCACCCAGAAGAACUUGAGCGGCCUGGUGCCCAUCCGAGACUUAAGGCUAGACCCCAGCCUCCUCUGUUCCAUUCCUUUAUUGGCUCUGAGCCCCAAUUUACUGAUUGUGUGGCUCUUUCUGAGCAUAGCAUACCUGGUGACCAAAUUGCGUUGCAAAUGAGUAUCAUUCUGAAAAAUUAAUAAGUCACAAGAAAAACAAAAGUGCCAGAACAUGUCCAGCCACCGUGUACCUAACUGGACAGAAGGAAUGUGUCAAAGCGUGGUCUGCCAAGAAAUAUUUCAUGCCUUACAUUUUGACGUUUUGUUCUUCUGAACUGUAAAUAUCUGCCAAAUUAUUUCACCAAGAAGACUUGUUUGUUUAGCUCCUGUAGCAUCUUCAGUGCUUGUAACAUGUUCUUACGGUACCCUGUCACUGCACUGUUUAGCUGGCCUGGAAUUCCUUGUGCCACGUCUCUACCUUCUGAUGUACAACUAUCUGUCACCUGUACCUCUCAUGUGCCCUGUUUCCAAGAGAAACUAGUUCUGUUUGAAGAGAAUUUGUAUAUUUGAUACUAUUCUUUAAGUGGACUGCUAACCCUUCCUUUCCUUUCAAUGACAAACAAAAAGAAAAAGACAGAUGCUUUAUAACCGGCCCAUCUAGAAAAACCUAUCUAAUAGGACAUGUACUUUCUGCUUUCAUUUCCAAGCGUAGUCCCUGAAUUACAGUCGCAAACAGUUUGCAGAGUCCUACCAUUUCCUUGCUUAUGUUUAUUAUUUCCAAUUAAGGAUGACACAAAGCUGUGAAUACAGUAGUACACUGUAGCAAGAGCCAGGCACAGUCAGACACAGAAAGAUCACCUACUGCAUACGCCAGACACAGAAAGAGCACCUACUGCAUACGCCAGACACAGAAAGAUCAGCCACUGCAUACGCCAGACACAGAAAGAGCACCUACUGCAUACGCCACAGAAAGAUCACCUACUGCAUAUGCCAGACACAGAAAGAGCACCCACUACAUACGCCAGACACAGAAAGAGCACCUACUGCAUACGCCAGACAGAAAGAUCACCCACUACAUACGCCAGACACAGAAAGAGCACCUACUGCAUACGCCAGACACAGAAAGAUCACCCACUGCAUACACCAGACACAGAAAGAGCACCUACUGCAUACGCCAGACACAGAAAGAGCACCUACUGCAUAUGACAUUAGAUUUACUCUUCACCAUGUAAGGAUCAUUCAGCUGGUUCGAGGAAUUAAUGCAUAUAGUCACCAAAGGCUGUUAAAGUUAUAUACUUUUAUUUAUUUUAAAGCAGUAUUUUUCAUUUAAAAAUGAUAUCUUUAAUUGCAGAUUAAAGUUCCAACAUCUUUUCUCUCUUACUAAUCAAAUAUGAUUGAUAAUCAAAUCAAAUCAAAGAAAAAUUGCCAAAAAAAAAGAUCCCUGACUUGUGGGCAGUUGCGGUGGAUGGAGCCGUGAGAGCGGCAGGCGCUCUGGUUUCUGCCGGUGCCCCUCAGUCCUCACGCGGCAUUCCCUGCAACGCGAUGACGUGUAACCUUAACACCCAUGUGGGGCAGAGGGUAACUGUACACCUGUAAAGGUGACCAAAUAGAUCAGGAAGAACUCCCCACACCCUGUGCAGGACAGGCAGCGGCUUCUCUGUUUUCCAGUUCAUAUUAUGUUGUGCCCCCACUUCCUAUCUCCAGCUAGUUCCCCAUACACUGUAGUUGAUGAAGACAAUUUUCUUUAACCAGGCCAGAAAAAUGGGAAUGAAUUUAGAGAAGUUUGCUUUUCCAGAAACUUGACACCCACGCAUGCCCAGAAAUCCAGUCGACCACAAAAGUCCUCUCUCCAGGACUCCCAGACCUUACCCCGGGCUUUCUCUCAUUCGGUCUCAGCUCAGAGUCUGGGUCCUAGGAGUCAUGGAAGCGGUUAGCAAUGAAUGGCAAAUGCUAGACUCGACACUUUACAUUCUAAAGCGUAAGACCAUCCUGAGCACUGCAGGCUCCCCAGGGCAGGUGUCCCCUGUGUGUCACCCCGUAAGUGAAUCCACGCUUCUCCAAGUGCAGCGUGUUCACUUGUCUCUUCUAAAAUAAAUGAGGUGGCUGUUGUGGCGUAGCUCCUGGCAGCCUUCAGUAGGGAGUCUCUCACCAAACGCCAGCUCCUGGGUGGUGUAAGCUCUGGUAGCAUGACAGCAGUCCCUGGGCAGCGUCCUGUCCAGCCUGUGAUUAUUUGAAAGGCAUGUUUGCCUCUUUCCCUCUUUCACAUUGAGCCGUGCACUUCACCUGAGACCAUCUUGUUUGCAUUAUUUGAAAGCAAGAAACAGAGUCCACAGCCUCCUCCAGGUCCCAUUUCACAGCUUCCUGGUCCUGCUCCUGGUAAUGUGGUUCCAGUGCCUGCAGUGGUGACUCACGCGCACUCCCACCUCCACAGCAGGGCUAGUGGCAGGGCAGAGCCCAUGCACAGAGGGGGCCCUCUGACUGCAGACAGCACCCCUCCCUCUCCCAGGGUUCAGGGAUGCUUCUGUGGCAUCCUCUAGGGGCCCCUCCCAGGCCCCUGCCCCACAGCACAGAGAAGCUGUGCCCAGGCCGAGGAGCCCCUCCCAGGGGGCCUCAAGGACACCACGGCCUGAUCCUUGAUUGUCACCACACCUUUUCGCCCAUGUGGGCUUGGCCCUUGGGCUGAGAGAAAUGAGACCAAAGGGAGCGAGAUAAGGUUCUUGGUUUCUCUCCACCAGGGGCUGGGUGAACAUCAGUAUGCCGCCUGUGCGCUUGGAGAGCUACCAGAAGGACACCAUGAGAUUAGCGUAGGCAGUGGGCUGGUGUUGGCUUUUUACAACUUAAAGUAUUUGAGAAAAGAAACUCCGUUGCUCUCCCUUUAUGCUGAAUUUUAAUGUCACUAAGGCCUUUUAACUCAUGAAAUCAGGCCAAAUACAUAUUCAAAAUCUUACUUGCUUUAGUGAGAAAUAGGAUGAAACAAAGAUGGGGAGAUGAUUCAAGAAAGGGGUCACUGACAUUUAGUGAUGGUUUUUAGUUGCUUAUACAGUAGUAGUGCUGAGGCACUGUCAAUGUCAACCAGCUCCUGGUGUCCAGGGAAACCAUGAUCAGGAGUGGCUCUCUUUGGUUGGUCUUAUAAAAUUGUUGUGUAAGUUUUUUCAACUAGGGUGACAGUCACCAUUUACACCUAUGGCUUGGUUCCAGCAGAGAUUUUAACACGAUGGCCUGUUCCCCCACAAAGUGGCAGGUGUAGCAGCCACGCCAUGCUUGGCCAUAGAAUCACUAAGAUCCUGAUGACUGCAGAUGAGUUCUCAAGUAGAAGACCCCACUGGAACCGGAAAACUAGAGGAUUCCCUAAAAUUACCUGUCAUAUGGGGUGUCCAUUUUAAUUUUCAUUUCAAAAAUGGAUGCCCUUGGAAAGAAAUAAUUUGUUGAUAUAAUAAAAUAAUCGUGGAGCUUUGAAAUAAUUAAGUCCCUCUUGCUAAAAUCUAUCUAAGACCACCUCAACAUGUACCAUUGAUUCCUAAAAAGUAUGCAGCCAAUGUAAUCAGUGGAGGUGUCCUGCCUUAGGGCAGCAGCUUGGCCUCUGCAGCAGGAAGCCCCAGUUAGCACAGGCUGCCCUCGCCACCUCUACACACCUCGCCCCGGGCCCUCUUGCCAGCUCAUCCGCACAGGCAGGUGGCGGAAUGACUGUCGGCUUGUAGAUCAGCCACAUCAGCCGGAUUUUGCAAAUUCAGACAUCUGGGGGAAAGUAAAUACAAUUUGAUUUGAAAACUACGUUGAAAUGAAAGUAUAAUCUUUAUUAUAAUUUCACGUCUGAUGUGUUCAGCCAGCUAAACUAGGCACUAGCUCCUUUAGCAUGUAAAUAAAAGAUAACGUCAAAGUUCACAAAUUA